AUGGUGAACGUUGGUAUUGUCGGUAUUGGUCUCGUGGGCUCUGAAUUAGUCUCUCAAAUCUUGAAGUCAUCCUACAAAAAUGUCUUCAAGGUCGUUGGUUUGACCACCUCUCAAAAGAUGCUUGUGUCUGAUGCUCAAUACACCUCAUUGUCCAUCGAUCAAGAAGCCAACCUUCGCUCCACUGUGAAUGCCACUGGUGUCCAAACUGAUCUCGCUCAAUUUGCUGACUACCUCUCCAAAUCCAACGACCACUCUGUCAUCAUCGACUGUACUGCCUCUGAACAAGUGGCCAACCUUUACCCCACAUGGCUUCGUUCUGGUCUCAGUGUUGUGACACCCAAUAAGAAGGCUUUCUCCAGCUCUCUUGAUCUUUUCAAGGAAAUUCAAGAUCUUGCCGUAAAUACCAGCCAAACAAAGAAGGGAAGAUCUCCAUUGAUCUAUCAUGAAACUACUGUUGGAGCUGGCUUGCCUGUGUUGUCUACUUUGGUCGACUUUGUAAGAACGGGCGAUGAAAUUGUCAAGAUUGAAGGUAUCUUCUCCGGUACCUUGAGUUAUCUCUUCAACAACUUUUCUACUUUGACAUCCACCGCUGCUCCUAAACCAUUUUCCGAAACUGUUCGUGUAGCCAAGGAUUUGGGUUAUACCGAGCCUGAUCCAAGAGACGAUUUGAAUGGUAUGGAUGUUGCUCGUAAGGUCACUAUCUGUGGUAGAUUGGCUGGUCUCGAGUUGGAUUUGUCUACACUUCCUGUUGAGAACAUUGUGCCUGAAGCACUCCAAUCCAUUGAGUCUACUGAUGAAUUCAUGGCCAAGUUGCCCGAAUACGAUGAUCAUUUCGCUCAAUUGAACGCUGAAGCCUUGAAGGAAGCCCAAGUUCUCCGUUAUGUGGGUAUGGUCGACGUUCAAGGUGGACAAAGUGGUGUUAAAUUAGCAAAGUACCCUGCCACACAUCCUUUUGCCUCACUCCAAGGUAGCGAUAACAUUAUCAAAUUCACUACCAAAUACUUCCCCAACGGUGUUAUCAUCCAGGGUGCUGGCGCUGGUGCUGCUGUUACUGCCUAUGGUAUUUUCACUGAUCUUCUCAAGAUUCAGGAACGUAUUGAAGGCUUUUAA